AUGAUGUACGUGAUUUUGUCCGCGCAAAUUGUUUGUUACGGCCGUACAACUGACAACGAUGGUGCCACUGUACCAGGCUCACUUGAGAAUAUGGCACUGGCUCAUUUGGCAGGCUUACCGGACCCAAUUAAGAUGCAACACCUCCCACCAGGGUAUAUCACUGGAUUUGGUCCUGCUCGUCAAAGUGUUCUGAAACUUGUUCGCAAUGUCUUGAAGUACGCUCGAAUUACUCUUCGCAAUACUGUGUUGAAGAACGUUGAGACCAACAGCCUUUUCAAAGUAACAGGGAACGCUCCGGGUCUCCAAUUGUUAUACAGCUUGUUCAUCUUGACGCCUACUCCUGGACACGGCAAACAAUGGACCAAAAUUGACAACCAGCUCCUACUUAUCAGCCAGCAAUCGGGCGACUAUAUCAUAGAAUGGGCCAAGCUUAUCAUGGAACGAGACGAGGCAAUUUUCGGCCAAAACACUCGCUAUACCACUGUGAAACACCUGUCGCACUUACCUACCCACGAAGAGGUUUUGGAGGCAGUUGCAAACCGUCGCCGUCCUGCCAUCGUCAACAACGGUAAUGCACCAGCAGAGAACUCGGGUGAAAUGGAGGUCUAA